AUGUCUAACCCCAAUCUCAUGGACAUUGAACCCGGUGGCGAAAGCACCCAAUAUGAAUCUAUCCGUCUGUACACUGAUACACCAGAGAAGCAAACGGGACAGCUGGGCGGCAGCUCCCAACAUACGACGAGUGAAAUGAGAACCACUCUGGGAGGCAACGGCAACAACAAUGGUAAUGGCAACGGUAACGGUAAUGGAGACACUCCUCUCGCACGGAAGCUUGAACAAGGAGAGUCUACUUCGGGUCUCUCCGGAUUCACAGACAAAGACCUGAAGCCCGAAACCCCGGAGGAGGGUGCAGCGCUGGCGGCAAAAAUCAGGAGAGAACAAGGGUAUGGGCCUGGUUCGGACGUCGGGGCCUAGACGUCACAAAAACAAAAUUGUUGUGAAUAAACCGUGGUAAUGGGCAUGAUUUGAAGUUGAAAUUGGCGCGCUGGAUUUAUUGGGAAGCAGAGGGGCUGGAGGAGGUGGAGGUGGGGGGUUUCGGGAGGUUCUCGGUGCCCAGGGCUGGGCUUCUGCGUGCGCGUUUGAGGGUUUCCAAGGUGACUCCGUUGCCGAGUUUGGUUAUUCCGACCAUGGGCGGGUCGCCCUUCUUGACGAAUUCCCAAAGGCCUAGAUUGUUGUAUGAUUAGUUGGCUGCUUAUUGAAUGUCGAUGCCUUUGGGGCGGAAAACGUACCGGGCAGCUUGUGACCCGCCAGACGGAACGCCUCCCUGGCGACCUUCUCGUGCAGGUCACCCUGGAGCUCGAAGACAAUUCUGCUCACGGCAACCUUGGCCGUCCAG